AGCAAAAUUCAUAGCUCAUAACAACCCAUCACUCCAUAUAUAUAUCUCUUUUAUCUCCUAGCUACUUUCAUAGAAUGCCUAAUUAAGCUACUUUCUACAUUAUAUUGUUGCAAAUUAACUUGCAAUAGGUAAAUUCAUAGUAGAAGUGUAUUACAUAAAUGAAUUAAGUAGCUUAUUAAGCUAUCUAGCUAGCAACUAAGAACAAAUUAUAGUGUAAAACUAUACAUAAUGGAGGAAGAAAAGGUAAGAAAUCGAAAGAAGGAACGAAAAUCGGUUGGAUUAAUCAUACAAUAUGCAGAUUGGAUCGACUAUCUUCUGAUGAUUUUUGGUGCUAUUGGAGCUAUAUGUGAUGGAAUGUCUACAAACUUCUUGUUGAUUUUUGCUAGUAGGAUUAUGAAUAGUUUAGGCUUUGGCCAGAACAUCCAACAAGAUAAUGCUAGGAACUUCAUGUCUGAGGUUGAAAAGUGUAGCUUAUACUUUGUCUACUUGGGACUAGCAGUCUUUGUUUUAGCUUUCAUGGAGGGGUAUUGUUGGAGCAAAACUGGCGAGCGACAAGUGUUGAAGAUUCGAUACAAGUAUUUGGAAGCUGUUCUUAGGCAAGAGGUGGGAUUCUUUGAUUCACAAGAGGCUACUACUUCUGAGAUUGUCAAUAGUAUUUCUAAAGAUACUUCACUCAUUCAAGAAAUUUUAAGUGAGAAGGUGCCAAUAUUCUUGAUGCACUCAUCAUCAUUCAUAUCAGGAAUAGCAUUUUCUGCUUACUUUUCAUGGAGACUAGCAUUAGUAGCCUUCCCAACAGUGAUACUCUUACUAAUUCCAGGUAUGAUCUAUGGAAAAUACCUUCUAUUUUUAUCCAAGAAAUCCUACAAAGAAUACAGCAAAGCCAACAGCAUAAUAGGAGAGGCCUUAAGUUCCAUAAAAACAGUGUAUUCCUUCACUGCUGAGACGACGAUUUUGGAUAAGUACACUCUCAUCUUGGAUCAAACAAUGAAGCUUGGUGUUAAGCAAGGGAUUGCCAAAGGACUGGCUGUUGGAAGCACAGGGCUUGCGUUCGCGAUAUGGGCAUUUCUUGCUUGGUAUGGAAGUCGAUUGGUUAUGUACCAUGGGGAAACUGGUGGCAAAGUUUAUGCUGCUGGCAUUACAUUUAUCAUGGGAGGAGUAUCACUUGGAAGUGCAUUACCAGAAAUGAAGCACUUCACAGACGCCUCAGUAGCAGCAUCAAGAAUAUUCAAGAGGAUAGACCGGACUCCAUUAAUCGAUGGUGAGGCUGAGAAAGGCCUUGUGCUAGACACCAUUCAAGGGGAGAUACAAUUUGAACGCGUUAAAUUUAUCUAUCCCUCUCGUCCUGAUACUGUCAUCCUCAGAGAUUUCGACCUGAAAGUUGAAGCAGGGAAGACUGUUGCCCUUGUAGGAGCAAGUGGGAGUGGGAAAUCUACUGCUAUCGCGCUACUUCAGAGAUUCUAUGAUGCUAAUGAUGGUGUUGUUAAGAUUGAUGGCAUUGAUAUUAGAAGAUUGAAGUUGAAAUGGCUUAGGGGACAAAUGGGACUUGUUAGCCAAGAUCAUGCCUUGUUUGGCACUACGAUAAAAGAGAAUAUCAUGUUUGGUAAGCUUGAUGCUACUAUGGAUGAAGUUAUUAGUGCUGCUCAAGCUGCAAAUGCUCAUAACUUCAUUAGGCAACUUCCGGAAGGCUAUGAAACCAAGAUUGGUGAAAGAGGAGCACUUAUAUCAGGCGGUCAAAAGCAAAGAAUCGCGAUUGCUAGAGCAAUCAUCAAGAACCCUGUAAUUCUUCUCCUAGAUGAAGCAACAAGCGCACUAGAUUCAGAAUCCGAAACUAUAGUUCAAAACGCCCUCGAUCAAGCUUCACUUGGAAGAACAACUCUAGUAGUUGCGCACAAGCUGUCCACGAUAAAAAAUGCAGACUUAAUUGCAGUACUCAGCAAUGGCCAAAUCAUGGAGAUAGGAUCACAUAAAGAUCUUAUCAAAACUGACGGCCAUUAUUCGAAGUUAGCAAAAAUGCAGAAACAACUCAGCUACAAUGACAUGGACCAAAGUUGUGAACCAAGUGUAACUUCUUCAGUUCCUAGGAGUGCAGGAAAGCUAAGUACAGCAAGAUCAAGUCCUGCUGUAUUUACUACACCAUUACCUGAUCUUGAAGAUGUAGAAUCAUCAAAGAAUUCCCACAUUCCACCUUCUUUUUCGCGUCUUCUCUUACUUAACUUGCCCGAAUGGAAACAAAGCCUAAUUGGAAGCCUCUCAGCAAUAGCCUUUGGAGCAGUGCAACCUACUUAUGCUUUAACAAUAGGAUCAAUGAUAUCAGCAUUCUUUGUGGAAAAUCAUGAAGAAAUGAAGUUAAGAAUCAGAAAAUAUUGCCUCAUUUUUUCACUUCUUUCUCUGUUAUCAAUCACAUUUAACCUUGUACAACACUCGAGUUUUGCCUACAUGGGGGAACGCCUUACCAAGAGAAUCCGACUCAAAAUGCUAGAAAAAAUCCUGAGUUUCGAGGCUGCUUGGUUCGAUGAUGAAGUUAACUCUAGUGGAUACUUAUGCUCUAGGCUAAGCAAUGAAGCUACAAUGGUAAAAUCCUUAGUAGCUGAUAGAGUUUGUCUCCUUGUUCAGACCAUGUCAGCUGUAACCAUUGCUAUGAUCAUGGGAUUAGUCACAGCUUGGAAACUUGCACUUGUUAUGAUCGCGGUCCAACCCAUCACCAUCCUUUGUUUCUACACAAGAAAGGUGCUUCUCUCUAGCAUAACGAACAACUUUGUGAAGGCACAAAAUUCAAGCACCCAAAUCGCGGUUGAGGCAGUUUAUAACCAUAGGAUAGUCACUUCUUAUGGGUGUGUAGGAAAAGUACUCGGGUUAUUCGAUGAAGCACAGAAUGAGCCUAGGAAACAGGGGAGAAGGAAGUCUUGGUUAGCUGGGAUUGGUAUGGGUUCUGCUCAAGGAUUAACAUUUAUGUGUUGGGCAUUGGAUUUUUGGUAUGGUGGGAAAUUAGUUGAAAAAAAGGAGAUUUCUGCAGGAGAUGUGUUUAAGACUUUCUUUGUGUUAGUGAGUACUGGUAAGGUUAUUGCUGAAGCUGGGAGUAUGACCACUGAUCUUGCUAAGGGUUCAGCUGCUGUUGCUUCGGUUUUCGACAUUCUUGAUCGACAUUCACAGAUUCAGGGGACAUCAAAUUCUCAGGGUGGAGGAAGCCCACCAGGGACAAAACUAGAAAGGAUUACAGGAAGAAUAGAGCUAAGGAAGGUGGACUUUGCAUAUCCGACCCGUACCGAGAGCCCGAUCCUACGCGAAUUCAGCCUAGAAGUGAAGCCAGGGACGAGUGUAGGGCUAGUAGGGAAGAGUGGGUGUGGAAAAUCAACAGUAAUAGCCUUAAUUCAGAGGUUUUAUGAUGUUGAUAGAGGUGCAGUCAAGGUAGAUGGGUUGGACAUAAGAGAACUUGAUGUGGUGUGGUAUAGAAAACAUAUGGCACUUGUUAGCCAAGACCCUGUUAUUUAUUCAGGUACCAUUAGAGAUAAUAUUGUUCUUGGCAAGAUUGAUGCUACUGAACAUGAAGUUGUUGAGGCUUCAAAGGCUGCUAAUGCACAUGAAUUCAUUUGCUCUCUUAAAGAAGGGUAUCAAACAGAAUGUGGGGAGAGAGGAGUACAACUAUCAGGAGGUCAAAAGCAAAGAAUAGCAAUAGCAAGAGCAAUACUUAGGAACCCAACUAUCUUAUUACUUGAUGAGGCUACUAGUGCUUUGGACUUGCAAUCUGAGAGGUUAGUCCAAGAAGCCCUGGACAGAGUCAUGGUGGGCCGAACCACCAUCGUGGUGGCUCACCGACUUAACACCAUCAAAAGCCUCGACGCAAUCGCCUUCGUCGAGGAUGGCAAGGUGGUGGAGCGUGGGACUUACACCCAACUCAAGCAUAAGCGUGGAGCUUUCUUUAACCUUGCUAGUCUCCAAACCUUGACUUGAGGAAUGUAAACUAAUUUUGACUAGGCCAGUAUUAAUCAUGUUCUUUUGCUUAUUAGACCUUUACCUACAUUGCAUAAAUGUAUAGUACUAUAGUUAUAAUUUUAGCUACAUAUUCUCUAUGUAUGCAAGAAUUUUGGUUAGUCCUGAGGGAAGUUGUAAAGUCAUGAUCGGUAAAUGUGUUAGUAUUAUUUGA